UUGUUGCAGUUUCUCCCUUUCCCUCUCUAUCGUUAUGGCGGUGGAAAAGGAAAAGCUGCAGGAAGAAUCCGUAAUUCGCCGCUUCUAUCAGAUUAUUCUUAGUUGGGACUACUUUCGUCUCCUCAAGGAAUCCAAGAAGCAGAAGAACAAUGGGGGAGAGGAGGCUGUGUCGAGACUCGUGAAGGUGAAGACCCGAUACAAAGACGUUGACGAUUAUAUUGCCACUUACGAGCCCCUUGUCUUUGAAGAAGCCAAAUCCCAGAUAAUUAAGGAGAAAGAGGAGGAAGAGGUGACUGAAUGGAAAUUGGGAGUGGUAAAAAGUUGGAGUGAGGCGGAUGACUUUCAUUUUAUAGAAUUUCCUUGUGAAAUCAAGGAGGGAGAAUCAAUAUCGCAGAAUGAUCUUUUACUUCUUUCAAAAGAUAAGUUUCUGGAUAGCAAAAGAUUUCCAACUGUGUAUGCAUUUGCUUUGGUGGAACACGUACGGAAAUUUUCUGAAACUAGACUUCUUCGAGUUAGACUCUAUCUUGCUGGAGAGUUCUCCCAUUUUAAUACAGAUAAUGUACAAUCUUGCCCCAGGCUGUUUAACAUGCGUUCUCAUAUAUGCGAGACAGAGAGACAGUUGUAUUUUAUGAAGGUAUGCAGUUUAUCUACCAUUGCGCGUGAGUAUUUGGCUAUACGAACUAUAAGCUGUCUCCCAUACAAGGAUUUAAUAGUAAAUGCAGUUGGAGAGAAUUUUGGUACAGAAGUUGAGGGUUGGAAAAUCCCAAUUCCUUUGAAGGAAUAUGUUGAAAAUACUUUCAAUCAGUACCAACGUGAGGCCAUAACAGCUGGUCUAUCAUCAAAAGCCUUUGUCCUGAUACAGGGGCCCCCAGGGACUGGGAAGACUCAAACCAUACUUGGGAUUCUAAGUACCAUUUUGCAUGCAACUCCUACAAGGGUGCAUUCAAAGACUUAUGAGCUAAGGCAGGGGCCACAAUUACCAAUUGAGGAGAAACAAAGACAUUGGGGACUGGCAUGUCCAUGGCUUAACAGUAUCAAUCCAAGGGAUAGUUUGAUGCCGAAAGAUGGUGAUGAUGGUUUUUUCCCAACUACUGGAAAUGAAUUAAAACCUGAAGCUGUAACUUCAAAUCGUAAGUAUCGUGUAAGGGUGCUAGUAUGCGCCCCAUCAAACUCUGCCCUUGACGAGAUUGUCUUGCGGGUUCUCAAUGGAGGUGUACACGAUGAAAAUGACCGUGCAUAUUGCCCUAAAAUUGUGCGGAUUGGUCUCAAAGCACAUCAUUCUAUCAAGGCUGUUUCCCUGGACGAACUUCUGAAACAAAAACGUGCCAAUGCCACCAAAUCAUCCACCGAUAAGCAGAGUAAUGGUCCUGCAGGAAGUAAUGAUGACAGCAUCCGGGCUGCAAUUUUGGAUGAGGCCACAAUUGUCUUCUCCACACUCAGUUUUAGUGGUUCCCAUGUUUUCAGUAAACUAAAUCGUGGCUUUGAUGUUGUGAUUAUAGAUGAAGCAGCACAAGCUGUGGAACCCGCAACUCUUGUUCCUUUAGCCAAUCAAUGCAAGAAAGUUUUCCUGGUUGGGGAUCCAGCUCAACUUCCAGCAACCGUAAUUUCUGACAAUGCAAAGAAUCAUGGAUAUGGCACAAGCUUAUUUGAAAGGUUGAAGGAGGGUGGUUAUCCAGUUAAAAUGUUGAAGACUCAAUACCGAAUGCAUCCCGAGAUAAGAAGCUUUCCCUCUAGGGAGUUUUAUGAAGACUCGUUGGAAGAUGGGGAUGGGGUCAAAUUACAGACAGUUAGAGCAUGGCAUGAUUACCGCUGCUUUGGCCCAUUCUGCUUCUUUGAUAUACAUGAGGGACAGGAGACUCGGCCAUCUGGGAGUGGUUCAUGGAUAAAUGUUGAGGAGGUUGACUUUGUCCUAUUCUUGUAUCAAAAACUGAUAACGCUUUACCCCACACUGAAGUCAGGUAACCAAGUUGCAAUUAUAUCACCCUAUCGUCAACAAGUCAAGCACUUCCAAAAACGUUUUGAAGAGACAUUUGGAAUGUCAGCUGAAAAAGUAGUGGAUAUAUGUACUGUUGAUGGUUGCCAGGGAAGGGAAAAGGACAUUGCAAUAUUUUCAUGUGUCAGGGCAAGCAAAGAUAGAGGCAUCGGGUUUGUGGAGGACAUCCGACGAAUGAAUGUUGGGAUCACUAGAGCAAAGUCUGCGGUGUUGGUGGUUGGAUCUGCCUCAACGUUGAGGAGGAGUGAACAAUGGAACAAGCUAGUGGAAAGUGCUGAGAAGAGGAACUGUUUAUUCAAAGUUUCUAAACCGUAUUCCUCGUUCUUCAGUGAUGAAAGUAUGACAUCCAUGCAAGCAAAGGUGGACGAAUCAUCUCAGGGGAUGGGGCCUACUGAUAUGGUAGACAAUAAUGCACAGCCUGACAAUGCUGCUGCAUAUAAUGAUCAAGCACAAGUUGAGGACCAUGACUAUGGAGAUGGUGACGCUGAUAUGUAUGAUGCGGGUUAUGAUGAUGAUUAGGUUUAGUUGUCAGAUAGCAAUGUAGGUAUGCAGACAGGUGCUAUUUAUGUUGUUUAUCCUGUAAUGAUAGUAUGCAUCUUUAAUGAGGAAAAGGGUAUUGUAAUUUUGAUCUUCCAAGUAUCUAAAAGGUGAUGCGAAAAAGACCAUGCACUGAUCAAUGACUAUUGUUACUAACGUGUUUAUUAACUGCCCAAAAAGGUGUGCAGCACUGAUCAAGUUAGGUUUGUUUGGUUACCUAGAUUUCUGGUAGAAAGAAAAAUGAGAAAAUGAGUACCAAUCC